AUGUCUAAUGGUCCACGUUCAAAUUCUGACCAAGAUCUCCUUGCACGACUGAACGCGCUCAAGAAGUCGACUGUAUCCUUUGAGCAGACCAAGUACAUUCACCAUCGUUCAAUAUGGUAUCCACAAGCUAAUUGUAGUCGCAGGUUUCAGACACCCAUAGGCAAAGAGAAGCCCCUUACCGCCGACCCCGAUCCUGCUCACGCCCUCGGCGCCGACCUUCUGUCACGAUGGAAGUCCCUCGGCGGUAUUCCCUCCACAACCCAGCCCGAACAGUCCGAGGCAGCCACCGAAAAGCCCGAAGACGAGAAGACAGUGGAAGAACUCCUCGCAGACCUAGGGGCAUCGGAUACAUGGGAGCUCGAAAAAAGCGAGGAGGAUCAGGUUGCUGAGCUGUUGAAGAGUGCAAAGUCCGUUCUGGCAGAAGCCACAAACCCAGACAGCGAGCAUCCGAACGCAGAAGAAGUUGACGGACCAGGUGACGGGUCCACGUCUGCAGCACUGCCGGCGCUUGAUGUCUCCGUGUUCGCACCCGAGCCAGAAAAUGACGUCGAGACAUCAGGCAAGGUUGAGUUAGACAAGUCCAAAGAUACUUUAGAUCAGGAGGCAGAUGAACUCCUGGCAAGAAUUCUAGAUGAAGUAGAGCACGAACCUCCGCAAGCGCCAGAAGGAAAUGCAUCCGUGUCCGAAGACGACGACCGUCCGUCAACCGAGGUGCAAGUCUCGCCUUCAAAGCCCGACUCAGACCCUCCUGCUCUCGACCUGCCCAGCACACCAUCUAAACUCCCUGAGAUGGAGCCAGUGCCAGAACAAUCGGCCCAAGAAGACGACCUGGCAUCCCGGUUUGCGGGUCUAGCGCUUCCUUCUGUCCCGACCGGCGUGAAGUCGACCAAGAAUCCAGCUACGACGAAGUCAAGUAUCGGCUUUACCGACGAGGAGAUCGACACGUGGUGCAUCAUCUGCAACGACAACGCCACCCUCCAGUGCAUUGGAUGUGAUGGCGAUCUCUACUGCACGAAUUGCUGGAUCGAAGGGCACCGAGGCGAAAGCGCUGGUCCUGAGGAGCGGAGACACAAGGCAGUCCAGUUCGUCAAGGGGGGAGGGAAGAAGAAAGUGCCUAAGAGGAGAGUCAUGAUGGGCGCAUAG